AUGAACCCAUCCGCAGCAUUCCCGAAGGCCGCGGCCCUCCCCGCGCGCCUGCUGCGGACGCAACAAUGUUCGGCGCAGACCAGCAUCUGCUCCUCGGGGCAGAAACGAGGAUAUCAUGCGCCAGCCUCUGCUUCUCCUGCUCGACGUCUGCGGGAGGGCGUCUAUAAGAGAAAGACCCUCGGGCCCUCAGCCAGGAUCUUCCACACUACUUCCCCCCUCUCAGCGAUCCCUGAUCCCUAUAAAGUUCUCGGCGUCGACAAAGGUGCAUCGGCCGGUGACAUCAAGAAGGCGUACUAUGGCAUGGCCAAGAAAUACCACCCCGACACCAACAAGGACCCGGAAGCCAAGAACAAGUUCUCCGAGGCCCAAACAGCCUACGAAUUGCUAUCCGAUGCCAAGAAGCGCGAGAGCUACGAUCGAUUCGGCUCGGCUGCGUUUGAUCAAAAUGGCGGCUUCGACCCGAACGCCGGAGCCAAUCCUUUCGCCGGUGGAGGUGGCUUCCACGGGUUUGGUGGUGGAUUUGGCGGAGGUGGGUUCGGAGGAGCAGGCUUCGGCGACAUCAACUUUGAAGAUCUGUUUGGUGCUUUUGCCGGAGGUGCUCGCCGAGGUCCCCGUGGCCGACGCAACCCGUUCCAGGAGCAGAUCUUCGUAGGUGAGGAUAUCGAAGUGCAGAGCAGCAUCUCAUUCAUGGAUGCUGCCAAGGGUACAUCCUCGGAGAUUGUCAUCACACCUUUGGUACAGUGCGGUACCUGUAAAGGUGACGGAAUGAAGGAGGGCACCAAGAAAUCCCAGUGCCGAACGUGCAAUGGCACCGGGACUCGGGUUCACAUGAUGCAGGGUGGUUUCCAGGUUGCCGCGACAUGCGAUGCCUGUGGUGGUGCCGGUAUGUCCGUUCCUCGCGGGUCCGAGUGCGGUACCUGCCGCGGAAACGGUGUGAUCCGAGAAAAGAAGACUAUCAAGGUGGACAUCCCCGCGGGUGUGGAAGAUGGCAUGCGUAUGAGAGUUACCGGUGAAGGCGAUGCGCCUCCCACUGGAACCGCCGCCCCGUCCGGUGCCCGCACCCAGAAUGGUGACCUGUAUGUCACGAUCCGAGUCGCUCCCGACUCCCGUUUCACUCGAAACGGAUCCGACGUUCUUUACACAGCCACAAUUCCACUUACCACCGCCCUGCUUGGUGGUGAAGUGACCAUCCCGACCCUUGACAAUGAAGUCAAGGUCAAGGUGGCCACUGGUACCGGCACUGGUGAUCGGAUCACUCUGUCUGGAAUGGGCAUGAAGAAACUCGGCGGCCGCGGACGCUUCACCCCCACGGGUGAUUUGAGGGUUGAAUUCAAGGUCGCCAUGCCCAAGUACCUGACAGGUAACCAGCGGACUAUCUUGGAGGUUCUUGCUGACGAGAUGGGCGACAAGACGGCCCGUCGGACAAUGAACUUCAACAAGGACAGCCCCUCAAGUUCCGAAUCCAACGGUGACAGCCAGAAGAAUGAGGGCUUCCUCAAGUCUGUCUGGCACAAGCUGACCGACAAGAACUCCGACUCAUCCAAGCCCGAGGCAAAGGAUACCAAAGACGCUGACAAAGACAAGGGCGCCUCCGACAAGGAGUCGUCCAAGAAACCCUAA